AAUACACUACACCUCUACUCAAAUGCUAAACUAAACUGAAGCAAGACCCAGUUGCUUGUUUUUACUUUUAAAUUAAAUCUUAAUUUAAUUAAAUAAAAUAAGUUCGUUUGUGGCGCAUGGCAGGCGUGUCUCUGCUGAUGUAAGAAAUUCCAACAGCGCAACCAUUCCAAGCGCGUUACGUGCGCGUCCCGUUCAAAGUAUACGCGCCUUAAGAAAAUCUGUAGUGAAGGCCAACCCAAAAAGUCGAAGAAUAUAGUAGAGAAGAACUUGUAACCAAAAUUCAAACAAACAUUUUUUUAAAUUUUGAAAAUAGGUAUUUUUGCUUAGGCAUUGUUGAAAUGAAAUGUCUCAAAAAAGAUUGAAAAGAAGUACACAGGCUUCCCAAAGAGAACAUCUAACCCAACAGACCCUUGAAGAAACUUUUGCUGAAGUAACUGAUCCUGUAGAAGCUGCCAACAAUAUUGUUAGAUACAUUAUUAUUCGAGCAGGAGAAAUUAAACAUUUUACAAAAUCCGAGUUUGUUAGUAAAUGUAUUGGAAAACCUGGUGGUAAAUUUGAAGAAAUUAUGAACAUAGUGAGAAAAACUUUGAGAACUGUCUAUGGUUAUAAUAUAAUUUUGUGUGAUAAGUUAAAAACCAAACACUACAUAGUAACCAGCGUCUUGCCAGCAAUUAAAGAUCCAUCAGAAAAUAUAGAAGUAAAGGUUCCUGAAGAUAUCAAUAAAGUUCUGCUGUUACUAGUUUUGUCACAUAUUUUUAUGGCGAAUGGUGAAGUCUCAGAUGUUUCCCUCUUCUCGUUCCUCAAGCACAUUAAUAUUGAUGUUGACCUAAGACAUCCCUUAUUUGGCGACGCCAAAGAAUAUAUUAACAAAGUAUUAGUGGAACAGGAGUAUUUAGUCGUAAAAAUUGAUGAUCUUUCUAGAAAACAUACUUUUAAGUGGGGCGCAAGGGCCGAAACUGAAAUAUCUAAAAUGGCGAUUUUGAAAUUUGUGUGUAAAAUGUUCAAAGAUAGACAACCCAGUUCCUGGGUAAAUCAAUAUAAAAUUGCCAGCGAGCAGCCAUUCGAAAAUUAUCAAGAAGGUGGGAUGGAUACUGUAGAACCAGAGAUGUAAUAUUAAGAAUUAGCUAUAUGUUAAGCUUUUUUUAAAUUAAAACUGAAUUUUUGUUCCA